AUCCACAAUCCCACUCACCCAGGAACACACCAGACCAGGGUCCCAUGGCCCGACCGCACUUGCCAGCAUACUGUCACAAUGCACAGACCCAGAGCAUACCACUCUGUUGGAAAAACCGCCCCGCCCCCGCAUCUUCCCCACAGUUGAUAUGUCACAUUGGAGUCCGAACACGGACCUGGGUGUCUCUCCGCAGCGCGCCAUUUACAUUUCUCUCUCGAUCUGUCAACCUGUCUCAGCUCUUGUCUCUCUCUCUCUGUCUCUGUCUCUCCCCUCUCCCCCUCCUGGGCCUGUCAGUUAGUCUCUUUUCGAAGCUUUGUCUCUGUCUCUGCGUCUCUAGCUGGCUUUCUGUCUCUUUGAUGUCUCUGUCGCUCCUUCUCUGCUUUCCUGUCGGUUUCCUGCUCGCUCCCCCAGACUGAUCUGUUUUCUCUUUCUCUCUCUCUCUCCCUCACCCUCUGCUCUGCGCUCCCCCCACCCCCACGCACCAACACUGGGGGUCGAGGGUGGAGGUGGCUGGAAAUUUGCCUUUUCCAGUUCAGGCCAACAUGUACUCAUUGAACCCUUUACCAAAUGUUAUUGGGUCACGGGCACUGAGGGGCGUGGGGCGGCGAAUUUCUUUUAUUCACCCUUCUUGUAUGUUUGUGGGCUUUUCUUUUCUUUUGGUGGAGGGCGCUUUUUAGCUCUGGAAUCCACCUCUGUCUUUUUUUCUGCGUGUAUCUAGACCCCUUUUUAUCCCAUAUCUAUUUCUGGCUUCCUCUGGAAUCCAGGAAUACCGAACUCUGGGUGCGGUGAAAGUAAGGAUAGGGUGGGGAGAGCGAACCCCUGCAGAAUCCGCUCAGAACCAGGCAGGCACCGAGAAGCUGGGGGGACGCGGGUGGGGGCCUUUGCCUGCCCCGCCCCCGCGCUUCCCACUCUGGGCGCCAGGGGUCGCUCCGCCCCGGGCCGCUUAUAGAGGCUCCCGCCGCGCAGCGGCUCACACCACCCGCACUGCCGCCCCGGGAGGGAGGGGAGGAAGGUUAGGGACGCAGAGAGGGAGAGCUCUAGCUGGGGAGAAACGCGGGGCCAGGCUCUAGCAGGGUCUGGGGCCGUGGCUGGGGUAGAGAGGCGCGUCAGUGCGCUCCAAGAACCAGAGCGCAAACCUCCAAGGAGGUCGCGUCCGGUGGGCGCCACCCGCAGCGCAGAGCCCGGGACGUCCAGAGAGCGGAGAGUAGUCCCCUGCUCCGGCCGGGAGCGAUCCGUCUGGGUAGCCGGGGACCUAGGCGCCGCCAUCCUUGAGAAGGCAGCUGUCCGGAAAGCAGGCAUCCUAGAUCUGUAAGAAACCAGCCGUCCGAGAAGCCGCUGAUUUCAGGCGCCCGGGGACGUUAGGCUGCACAGGAGGGUAAUAGAGGACCGCGGGUUUUGAACCGUCGGGAGGCCCCUGGCCCAACUUACGGGGCGGGUGGGGGGGGAACCUCCGCCUUGACGGAAGGUUUGGGGAACGGCACCGCUGAGGCGGGAGCCCGCAGGGGCGGGGGGGCCGGGCGCAGCCGUCGGGGGGGUCCCGACCCAAGCCCGAGCCCGGCCACCGCCUCUGGGGCCCGCGGAGAGCCCCGGGCCUCCGCCGCCAUUGCGCCAAAGAGUGAGGAGGAUCUGCUGGCCCUGGCCGCGUCGCGGCUGAGCCGCCGCAAGCGGGUGGCGGGCGCGGCCGUCGGGGUGGCCAUGGUGCUGCUGCUGCUGGUGGCCAUUCCGCUGCUGGUGCACAGCUCCCGCGGGCCGGCGCACUAUGAGAUGCUGGGUCGCUGCCGCAUGGUGUGCGACCCACACGGGCCUCGAGGCCCUGGACCCGACGGCGCGCCCUCCUCCGUGCCCCCCUUCCCUCCCGGCGCCAAGGGAGAGGUGGGCAGGCGCGGGAAGGCAGGUCUGCGAGGGCCACCGGGACCCCCAGGUCCCAGAGGGCCUCCAGGAGAGCCGGGCAGGCCAGGUCCACCAGGUCCUCCCGGCCCAGGCCCUGGCGGGGUGGCGCCCCCUGCCGGCUACGUGCCUCGCAUUGCCUUCUACGCGGGUCUGCGGCGGCCACACGAAGGUUAUGAGGUGCUGCGCUUCGACGACGUGGUGACCAACGUGGGAAACGCUUACGAGGCGGCCAGCGGCAAGUUCACCUGCCCCAUGCCAGGUGUCUACUUCUUCGCUUACCAUGUGCUCAUGCGCGGCGGUGACGGCACCAGCAUGUGGGCCGACCUGAUGAAGAAUGGACAGGUCCGGGCCAGCGCCAUUGCUCAGGACGCGGACCAGAACUACGACUACGCCAGCAACAGCGUCAUCCUGCACCUGGAUGUGGGCGAUGAAGUCUUCAUCAAGCUGGACGGCGGGAAAGUGCACGGCGGUAACACCAACAAGUACAGCACCUUCUCUGGCUUCAUCAUCUACCCGGAUUGAGCAGGGCCCCAUCCCCCGCGCCCCCGCUCGCCCUUCGCCUCCGCUCCCCUCCUCACCCACCUUCAGCCGGUCCCACCCAAGGCGCCAUCCUAUCCUUCGAGAGCCUGGCGGUGGGGCAGACCCUCCCGCUCCCGGAGGCGGCCGUGCUGGGCGGACUCUUGGCGCUCCGGGGACGCUCCGAGGUCUAAGUGGCCGGGGAGAGGAGGAAGCCGGGCUAAGGAGGAGCAGAGCGGCUCGGGAAGGGACCGCCGGCUUCGGAGUGCGCGCCUGUCAAAGCUGAUCCGAGAGGGGCGGAGGCCGGGCCCUCUCUUCUGCUAGGAGCUGGGGAACAGCUUCACCACCAGGAGCUGCAAGCAGAAAGGAAGCCCCGGCAUUUGGUGGUGGUGGUGUGUGUGCGGGGAUGGAGAGCAGAAACAGGAGCCCAUCUAGGUGGGAGGACACGAAACGUUUGGAGGGGUCAGGCUCGUCCUCUGUCACAACUUUCUCUCCUUCCCUCAUCCCCAUUUUCAGGCUCCAGGCACCGGCCUUGGCAGCCUUCCUGUGAACUGGAGGAAGGAGUGAAUUCUUUCCUAGCAUUUAAAACUCAUUCUGUACAGUCCCCAUUUCACCCCCAUUCCACCUAGGCCCUGGGGCUACAGCUGCUGUUGCCUCUUCCAAUAAAGCAAAGUUGGAGAAUG